AUUUCGCGGAGACACCGCGGCGGCGGCGGCGGGGACGAGCACGGGGCUGUGCGGGGGCUGCGCUCGCCAUGCCAAAAUUACUAAAAGGCAAAGGAGGAAAGCAAGAGAAGAAAGUCAUCCACCCUUACAGCAGAAAGGCUGCACAACUUGCAAGGGAAGCACACAAACAGGAAAAGAAAGAAAAGUUGAAGACUGAGAAAGCUUUACGUCUAAGUAUUAUUGGAGAAAAAAUAAAAUGGUUUCAAAGUCACCUUGACCCCAGUAAGACUGACUACACAAAGAAGGAAGUUGGUGAACUAAUUGAAAAUUAUAUGUGUCGAUUUAAUGCUGAAUUGGAACAGAUUGAGUUGCAAAACAGUAUUAAAGGUAGACAAGGAAGACAGCAUGGUUCUCGGGAAACAGUUAUCAGGCAGACCAUAGAACGUGAAAGACAACUCUAUGAAGGCUAUGGAAUAGAAAUCCCAGACAUUGUGAACAGCAAGCAUCUUAAAAUUUUCAGAGAAUGGGAUGGUGAUCUGAAGAAGCUGCCAAACAUUAAAAUGAGAAAGUUCUGUGCUAAGGAUGCUGCUUGCAGCCACACUGAGGUGGCAGAUGUGGAAGCAGAAGACAUGGUUAAUGAGCACCAGCUGAUUCAAAAACUGAAACAGCUGAAGGGAAUUGUAAGAAACCUAUUUUAAUAAGCACUAGAAACAAGAAUAAAGCUAGUGUUUCCAAUUACA